UCAUGUCGUCAUUUCCGUCUGUCAGCACGUACACUUCCGGAAGAAGCGGAAAACAACAGUGGAAACUCGCAGCUUAUCCAAAUUUUCGCAUUCGAGAAGAGAAAGAGACAUUUUGACUUGAGCCCUUUGACGACAGAAGACCCAGACUGUCGACAUGUUUUCCUUCCACGUUUUCGAUCAUCCGAUGUCCCGGGGAUUUCAGAACCGUUUCUCCACUCAGUAUCGCUGCUACUCGGUGUCGAUGCUGGCAGGUCCUAACGACCGCUCCGACGUGGAGAAAGGAGGCAAAAUCAUCAUGCCACCUUCAGCUCUCGACCAGCUCAGCAGGCUUAACAUCACCUAUCCAAUGCUGUUCAAGUUGACCAACAAGAACUCAGACAGAAUGACUCACUGUGGUGUUCUGGAGUUUGUGGCAGAUGAGGGAAUCUGCUAUCUGCCACACUGGAUGAUGCAGAAUCUCCUGUUAGAAGAAGGCGGUCUGGUCCAAGUGGAAAGUGUUAACCUUAUGGUGGCCACUUACUCAAAGUUCCAACCACAGAGCCCUGACUUCCUGGACAUUACAAACCCCAAAGCAGUGCUGGAGAAUGCUUUGAGAAACUUUGCCUGCCUGACAACUGGUGAUGUCAUAGCUAUCAACUACAAUGAAAAGAUAUAUGAGCUGCGAGUAAUGGAGACCAAGCCAGAUAAAGCAGUGUCCAUCAUUGAGUGCGAUAUGAAUGUGGAUUUCGAUGCUCCUCUGGGUUACAAAGAGCCUGAACGGCGACCUCAUCACCAGGAAGAACCAACAGAGGAAGAGGGAGAUCCCACAAAUUACGCUGACAUGGAUAUGGGAUUCAGAGCUUUCACUGGAUCUGGCAACCGUUUGGAUGGUAAAACAAAGGGGAUUGAGCCCAGCCCUGCUCCUCUGAGUCCAAGUGACAUCAAAAGAGGCAUUCCCAACUAUGACUUCAAAAUUGGCAGGAUCACCUUCAUCAGGAACUCGAGGCCUCUGCCCAGGAAAUUUGUGGAUGAUGAUGAUGCCUUGAACAGAUUCAUAGCUUUCUCUGGAGAAGGACAGUCACUACGCAAGAAGGGCAGAAAGCCUUGAGGACUGGCUGAUGUGCACAGACUCAUCAUAUCUAUUGUCACCUUCAAAAGCAAAGUGGAAAAAAAAACUUCUGAUGCAUUGGGCUUUUUUCUCCCUGUCUCUUUGUGUGAGAGUGAGAAGUGUGAGUUUUGCUGUUGAGAUGAUAUGUAAUUAAAACUCUGACAGUCAUCUUUAGCUCAACAGAAUCUGAGCUGCAUAAAAUGCUAUCAGCUGUAAUUUGAUAUUCGCAGGUCCAGGGGGAAUGAAUUGAGCCAGGCAUAAUAAAUUAUAUCACCACACAACCAACAUGAAGAAGUUAAGUAUUGUUGUAAUAAUUAUAAGAUUUGAAUUACCUUUGCCUUUGAGCAUAUUCCCCCGUUUUUUCAAUAAUUGUUGCAUUUUUACAGUUCACCUUAAAUAUGCUGUUUUCAGAGCCCCAUUUUGAUUAUAAAAUGGAGCAAUAAGAUCUCUAUAAUUUUGUUCUCAAUUAUAAAAACUUUAAUUUUAUGUCUGAGGGUUUUUGAGUUUUGGAAUAAUUUGCGAUGGGUUUCUCACUUUUCCUGGUUUAUUUAUAGACAAAUAAAGGACUGUGUUUUGAAAGUA